CUACAAGGGGAUGCAUUCUCCUAUCCCGCUAUCCUCCUAGAGGUUGCCUGGCCCUGCGGGAGGAUUUCUGUCCCCUGUUACCUGUGCCAUUUAUUCCGUUGGCUCGCCUCGGGUAAUUAAUCGGGACCAGAUGUGACAGAUUUACGCACCUUGGAUCGCUGAGGUGGAUGAGAGCACACGCCUCGUGUACUUUUCGGGGACUUUCCCUAAAGACAUUUAAAUCUGAAGAGCUGCACUUCCCUUACAUUCUCCCUCAACGUCCCAGCUGAUUUCCAGCUGCUCUUCCCUUCACAAGCUCGAGGUUGGACGGUGAGACCGAUGCGCGCCCUCGGACCUCUUGGACCCACACGUUUACUGGAUCCGUUUCCCCGCGUAUCACAGCCGCUUUUGGAUCUUACAUACUUGUCCGCUGCUCUGUAUUCCUUCUGAAAUAUUUGUUGGUCGACAGGAGAGGGGAGAGCGGAAGUGUGAAGAGGAUGUGGCUUGCGCAAAUCGACGGCUGGUCUGAACCGACUCGACCUGUUUUACCUGGACACUUGCGGGCGAUUGUGCGCUUCUGAAACCUCGCCAGGACACCCGCGCGAAUAAAGCAGAACUCUGAUGUUGAAAAUACAAAGGCUGAAAACUGAAUCCUUUACUCAAGACGGCAAGUGAAGAUGGGUCCUACGUGUUUAAUGUAUAUUUCAUUAGAUUGGCGUCCAGUCUAAUAAACAUCAUCAGCGAUGUAGUCAGCUUGUUUAUCUGCGUGCUGAUCAUUUGCAGUAAAUACUCACAUCUGCUCAAAAGGGAGACCAUGAAGAUGAUCCUCCUGCGCAAAUUCCGGGUUUUGAUCCUCAUGGUGUUCCUUAUUGCAUGCUCGAUGCACAUAAUGAUAGACUUGUUACCAAAGCUGGAGAAGCACAGCAGCAGCGGCUGCUCCUGCUCCCACACGCCGAGCGAGGAGCCUCAGAGCUGGGGGAAGCAGGGCUGGCCUAACAAGCACACCCUGCGGAUCCUCCAAGACUUCAGCAACGAGCCCAGCUCCAAUGUUUCCUCCCACUCGCUGGAAAAGAUCCCAGUCACAGGCGACAAAACGCAGGCUUCCAGGAGGCUGGAGCACCACGGGCUGCGCGGUGACAGGAAGAGACAGUUCAUCCAGGACGCCGCAGUGACCAAGAACAUGCCGGUUAAGGGUUCAAGGUUGUUGGCUCUCUAUGACCACCCCUUAUAUAGAAGAGCCCUGCCACCUCUGACUGACGAGGACACGCUGUUCAACGUCAACACGGACAUCAGAUUUGACCCCAAAGCAGCAGAGGAUCAGGCAUGGAAUGCUGAAGGCAACAUGGAGGAGUUCAGCCCCACAGGGGAGCUGACGGCCGAUUCUUACCCCAACUGGCUCCGCUUCCACAUUGGGAUUAAUCGAUACGAGCUGUACUCCAGACACAACCCGGUCAUCGAUGCGCUCCUGAAGGACCUGGUCACCCAGAGGAUCACCAGUGUGGCAAUGAAGUCUGGAGGCACUCAGCUGAAGCUCAUCAUGACCUUCCAGAACUACGGCCAGGCUCUGUUCAAACCUAUGAAGCAGACCCGGGAGCAGGAGACCCCUCCAGACUUCUUCUAUUUCUCUGACUUUGAGAGACACAAUGCUGAGAUUGCUGCCUUCCAUCUAGACAGGAUCCUGGACUUUCGCCGUGUACCUCCUGUGGCCGGCAGGCUGGUCAACAUGACAAAGGAGAUCAGAGACGUCACGCGAGACAAAAAGCUCUGGAGGACCUUCUUCAUUUCACCAGCCAACAAUGUGUGUUUCUACGGAGAGUGUUCAUACUACUGCUCCACUGAGCAUGCUCUGUGUGGUAAACCAGACCAGAUAGAAGGAUCCCUGGCUGCCUUCCUCCCAGACCUUGCCCUCGCCAAACGCAAGACCUGGAGGAACCCUUGGAGACGUUCCUACCACAAACGCAAGAAGGCAGAAUGGGAGGUGGACCCAGACUACUGCGAGGAGGUCAAACAGACUCCACCUUACGACAGUGGGACACGACUGCUGGACAUCAUGGACAUGACCAUCUUUGACUUCCUCAUGGGAAACAUGGAUCGUCACCACUAUGAGACAUUCGAGAAAUUUGGAAAUGAGACCUUCAUCAUCCAUUUGGACAAUGGCAGAGGUUUUGGAAAGCAUUCCCAUGAUGAGAUGUCCAUCCUGGUGCCACUGACCCAGUGCUGCAGGGUCAGGAAGUCGACCCACUUGCGUCUGCAGCUGCUGGCUAAGGAAGAAUACAAGUUGUCCAUGCUCAUGGCAGAGUCCCUGGUGAAGGACCGCCUCAGUCCCAUCCUCAUCCAGCCACACCUGGAUGCAAUGGACCGCCGACUACGCCAGGUGCUGAAUGUGCUCUCAGAAUGCAUUGAAAAGGAGGGCUACAGUUAUGUGAUGGAGGACGACCUCCAGGGGGCUCGAGGGACAGACGGCAUUCACACCAGCCCACAACGGAGGUAGCUGGGUGGGGGCGCUGGCAGCUGGGUAGGACUGAAUCCUUGGAGAUAGGAGACUGGACUGAGCAGAUCCAGUCCUUCUUUUAAACUGUAACACAGAUGAGAACCAUCUGUACUGACUUCCUCAGAGGGCUUGAUUUUUGACGAACUCACGGGGAAGCCCACCUGCCUGAGCUACAUAUAAGCUGUCUGGAAGUGGAAGCCUGCUGGAUGGGACUGGACUUUGACAAACAGUGCAGCGACCUGACCCGCACCGACGCUCGAAACGCAGGCGAUGUCGAAGACUUCUGGAUGGAUCUGGGGCUGGACAGAACUGAAACAACCCCACAUCAAAGUAUCCAACCCUGAAUCUAGUGUAGGAUAGUACAUCACCACAGCUGACCCAAACACCCUCCGACCCACCGCAGCAUUACCAAACCAUGAAAGUCUUGCAAGAGACACCUGCUCUCUGUCUCGUUCAGGACCCUUUGUUGAAUUCAGUGAAUUCUGAGGGACUUGUGUAGAAUCUCCUGACCCUCCCCACCGCUCUCUUCACAAGCUGAAUUAUGUGUUUCUAUGUAUUGUUGGUAUUGGAAGUGUUUCGGUUGACCAUUCGCAGUGGAGGAGGAGGUGGAGGCUGACUUCCUGUUGUCUUAAUUAUCAAAAUGAUGUUUUGAGUUUUAUUGCAUAGUGUCUUUUUUUUUUUUUUUAAUUCUAUUUCUGCUGAGCUGUUUCAACCUCUACCAUUGGUAUUCAAGAUGGAAAUAUUUGAUUGGAGUGCAGGUUUACUCCUGGAUUUGUUCAUUAAUUUUGCCCAUAAAUGUCUUUGAGAGUGUAUUUAUUAAAAUUCAUAUUUAUUGUUUGAGAUUAAUACUAACACGACACCAUUUUUCUGUUAAAAAGAACAAUCGAAUUUACAUCACUGAGGUGUACUUCUUCCUUUGUCCAGCAGAGGGCAAACUGAGAACGUGCAAAAGUACCUGCCAGGUCUGUGACUCUCAGUAAAAUUAACCCUCUUCAUAUUUCAACCCAUUCCAAGUAUCAAGUCUGCUUUUAAAGCAGUUUAUAGUCGCCAUAAGUAUUGGUUAGAUUCAAAUGAGCAAGCCUGUGCCUCUGUUUACAACAUUUAAUCCAACUACUGUUUUUCUGUUUUUAUUUCUUUCAAUGCAACCGACAUGAGGUUAUGUUUAUGGUACCAAGAGCCAAAUGUGACACUAAUAGUUUUUUAAUUAUUGUUUCUUUGUAACAUAUUUGAUGUCCAGAUGUUGCUGUUGUGGAGAGAUUAUUUUUCAGGAUGUAUAUUUCAUUCAUCACCAACAGCUGAUAGCUUAACUGUUGGUGUCAACGAUUCAGUCGCUGGCUGAAAGUUAAUAUAUACAGUAGGAAAAAUCUAGUGCCUGUGCAAUGAUAGAAAUACUUGAAUGUCUGGUUUCAGAGCAGAAAGGUUUGAACUUCUCCCACGUACGAGAUAUAGAUAAGAUAAGGAGGUCUAGAUAAAUGUGUGUGCUGACUCCAUCUGUUUCCAUAAGGGUUUUAUAAUACAGUCUAAAUUGCCAUAGUCCUGUGUCAGGUCAGUACAGUGUGUUUGGACAUAUGGGUGGGUCCAUGGAGAACCUUUAGAUGAUGUGUUCUCGAAGCGAAAAUGCUUCUUUUUCUAUUCAACUCAUUGUUUCUGUGGAUUUUAUUGUUCAUUUCUUUACAU